AUGGAGCCACGAUACUGUCGGCCAAAGUUCUUUAACCCAUUUGUGGAGCGACGAAGGGUGACGAGUCACCUGCCCAUUUAUCGGGGAUUUUUCCGUGUAAUGCCAUUACAAAGGUGGAGUUUAAAUGAUAUUCAGUCGGUUCUGAGUUAUGCCGCUGCCAAUCCUUCAUUAUUUGGCUUUCCUGAACAACAGACAUGUAUUGUAAAUACAGCACACUUUCUCCCUUCUCAUCGCAGUAGAUUGCGAGGGAUUUUUGUAUUUGGAGCGGAACGAGGUUGUAAGAGUAUUAUUGUUCCUGCAUCAUGUAAUAGUGAAAAUUUUGAUGCUUUAGAUGCAAAGUUAUUGGAACCUAUAUUUAGAUGGAAUCCCAGUGUAGAGUACCUUUAUCUUUCUCAAAAUUGUCAACCAAUGGCUAUGCAUCUUGUCCCAUAUCUCCAACGCUGUACACAAUUGCGAACUCUCACCUUGGAAGGAUGGAACGAUGCAGUUGCAAUACACCGGGUAGUAAUGGCAUGUAAACAUGUAGACGUGAUAGAUGCCUUUUCAUUAGAUGAUCCACCACGAGAAUGGAAAAAUGAACUAUCGGUACAAGCUCUAAAUACUCUUAUUGAGAUGCAUCCUAAACUCAUAUGUGUAAAGGCAACACGGGUUUACCUUGCUGACUGGUAUGAAGCAACUUUGUUUUCACGAUGUAAGCAUAAUAUAGCACUAGUGCCUUUUUCAUGUGAUUUUGUAUUAUUACAUUAUGGAUUAUUUUUAUUAUUUAUUUGUAUUCCAGCAUAUAUUGUAUUUAGGUUUGUAUGGUGGUUAUUGGAAGAUCGAUGUACUGAAGCCUACAUCAGUUUCUUUUCUGUUAUUGCUUCAAUUAUUUUUUUUGUCUCUGUGAUAGUAUUGGAUAUGUCGUUAUGGCGAACAUAUGGUCGUGCAUGGGUACAUAUGCAUAAGUACCUUAUUCUGGCGCGACGACGCUGGUAUAUUAUGAUGGGUUCAUACCAGAAGUCACUUGUGGCAAUGUGA